AUGGGGCACCGCCACCAUCCUCCUCCUCAGCAUCACCCCGCGGCCCUUAAGCUCAGCCCUGCCCCUCAUCCCCACCACCAGCUCCACCACCACCACCAUCAUCAUCAUCAUCAUCAUCAUCAUCACGAGGUGGUCUCUAAUCAAACGGGAGCGUUUGGCCCGACGCAGUCACCAGCAGCCCCUUACCCCGUCUCUCGCCCAGCCCAGGCUCUGGCAGCAGGUAGCUACCCCGGACACCAUGGUCACCACCACCACCACUCAGAAGCUGGGAAUCCCUCUCUGUUCACUGGACUCCAUGAGCAGCCUCCCCAUGCAGCUCCAGGUGGCCAUCUAAACGGACAGAUAAGACUGGGGUUACCUGGAGAAAUGUACGCCAGGUCUGAACAUUUCACUCAAGUACCAGCCUCCAGGACAGAUCCUUUUUCUGCUUCUUCGCUUCAUAGCUACGGUGGCAUGAAUCUGAACGUGAAUCUGGCUCCACACCACGGCCCGGGUGCCUUCUUUCGUUACAUGAGGCAGCCCAUCAAACAGGAACUCAUCUGUAAAUGGAUUGAGUUGGACCAGACUCCCAAAAAAUUAUGCUCGAAAACUUUCAGCACGAUGCACGAGCUGGUGACUCAUGUCACGGUGGAGCACGUUGGAGGACCCGAGCAGUCCAAUCACAUAUGUUUCUGGGAAGAGUGUCCAAGAGAAGGGAAACCUUUCAAGGCCAAAUACAAACUUGUAAAUCACAUCAGAGUCCACACAGGUGAAAAACCUUUCCCCUGCCCUUUCCCAGGCUGUGGCAAAGUGUUUGCCAGAUCAGAGAAUCUCAAAAUACACAAAAGAACUCAUACAGGUCAGUAUGUAAAGCUCUCUUUACUCUCUCUGUGAUAUUCAGCAUACUGUUUUGCUUUAUUUUGUUUUUAAAGUAUCCUUUGCGUUGUUAUUGAAUGCACGCCAAGUACUUCUAGAAAAUAAAUUCUCAGAUUUGUUUGCUUCUUUGCCGUUUGGAGGAGGGGGGAGAAAAGGGGGGGGGGGGAAGGAGAGAGGGA